AUGCUUUCAUUUAAAGGUUGGAAGGUUCUUCUCAGUAUCCCUAUUAAGUUAUUGGCCGUCUUACUUAAAUAUCCAUUUGCUGGAGGCGUAAAUAAAAAAUUCAAAUAUGAUUUACUCAAUUCACUCAAGUUGAUUCUUUAUCGAACGGCUUUACAUAUGCCUGUUAGAGAAAGUGCGUUGUUGUCAAUUAUGUCAAACCAUUUUAUCAUUAAUAAAUUAAUCAAAAAUUUGUAUCCUACAUUGACAAAAUUACCAAGCUAUGGUAAAAAAUACGAUAAGCAAAGCUACUGGCUUGUGAAGAACAGAGACAGAAAACCAAAUGAUCCAAUAUUGAUUUUCUUGCAUGGUGGGGGGUAUUUUUUUGAAACAAUGCCCUGUCAGAUUGAAUCCCUAUUGAGUAUCUAUCAUGUGUUAGAUGCACCAAAAAGAAGCAGUUUGUCAAUAUUAGUUUUGGAUUACAAGCUAGCAAGUAGAGGAUACAAAAUCCCGUAUCAACUUACCCAGUUGAUUGAAACUUAUACUAAUUUGGUGAAGGAUGGUAACACCAAUAUGAUGCUAAUGGGGGAUUCUGCUGGAGGAAAUUUAGCUCUAACGUUUUUGCAACACUUGAGAUUAGACCAUGUUAAUUUGCCAUAUCCAACCAGUACCAUAUUGAUUAGCCCUUGGGUGAAACUAGCACCUGACGAAAUACAAAACACACCUGGGUAUUCCUACCACGAUAACACGCCGGUGGACAUGAUUCAGGUUGAUUUCUUCAGAGAUGUUGAGAAGCAAAAUGCGAUUUUGGGAGACAUAGAACACACUGAAUUGACUAUAUCACCAGGAAAUUGUCUUUACCGACAUGAAGACUGGGAGGAUAUUCCUUCAUUGGUAGAACCUGGUCACUCAGUAUUUGUUAUUGUAGGUGAACAUGAAUGCUUUAGAGAUGAUGUUUUGGAAUGGUGUCAUUUUGCUUUGAAAUCUCCUUUAACUUCACAAAGAGAUGAUUCUAGAGGUGUCUUUAACCCAAAGAUUCAUGAGUACAUCAGAAAUGGUAAUGAUUUUGCUUAUGUUGAAGUGGUGGUGGAGCCAUGGGGUGUUCACGACUCAGUAUUGUAUUUUGAAAACACAAUAAUUUCCAAGGUUAAGAAAAAUCCAAAAUUGAAGGUAAACUUAUUAAAUAGCCAUGAAUACUUUGGAUUCAUCAAACUUGUAAACUUCUUGAAUAACGUACUUCCGGGAAGUUCACAAACAAAAUUUGUAUAA